AUGGAAGAAAAGGGAGCAGAGAAUGGAGUGGCGGCCAUGGCAGCCUGCUACCAGGGAUUUGAUCCUGCAGCGUAUCUGCAGUAUAACUACACUCCACCACGGGCUGAUUUUGAAAGAAAGGACAGCAUUGUGCCCUGGAAACUGGCAUGCCUGCAUAAGGCUUUCACUGAAGGCGAUGUGAGUGGUGAGCUGCUGGUGGACAUAGGUUCGGGUCCCACCUUGUACCAGGUGAUGAGUGGCUGUGAGGUUUUCAACAAGGUGCUCCUCACAGAUUUCCUGGAGGUCAACAGGCAGGAACUGAGGCGCUGGCUCCAGGACGAGGGAGGCUGCAGCCUGGACUGGACACCAUUCCUGCAGCACGUCUGCAAGCUGGAGGGACGACGGCCCUCAGCAUGGACCGAGAAGGCUGCCAAGCUACGUCAGGUCAUCAUGGACAUUGUCACCAUUGACGUGCACUGCCCUCAGCCUCUGGCCCUUGAUGCCCUUCCUUCAGCAGGGGCCGACUGUCUCGUGUCCUGCUUCUGUCUGGAGAGUGUCAGCCCUGACCUGGCUGCCUUCACCAGGGCCCUGGGCCACAUUGGGAGGCUCCUGCGGCCUGGUGGUCACCUCCUGCUCAUCGGAGCUCUGGGAGAGAGUUACUAUUUUGGGGGGCCUGGGGUAAAGAUCCCUGUGGUCCCACUAAAUGAGGCCCAGGUCUGUGCUAGUUUGAAGGAGAGUGGUUACACCCUGAUCAGGCUGGAGGUUUACACAUUGCCUCAGGACAUGAGGGUGGGGGUUGAUGACGUGUCUGGGGUGUUUUUUGUAAAGGCGAUGAAGGAGUAA